AUGGCAGAGCUGGGAGCCAUCGCCAGUGUCGUUCAGCUAGUCGAUGUAGCCUUGCGCGUCAGUGGCGAGGUCUGCAGCUUCCUCGAUGCUUAUAAGGAUACUGCAUACGACGUAAAAUUCCUCCGAGACAUCUCACGUGACGUCGAAGCGAACGUUCGCAAUCUGAGGAGAUAUAUCCUGAAGUUUAAGAAGUCCACAAAUGCAGUUGAAGAGUCCGAGGUUCUCUCCGAAGCUGUUAUUGGGGCUUUCCUGGGGUAUGACGAUGAUAUACUUGCCGCCAAACGCCUGUUGCCGGCGAAACCAGUGGAGAAGAUAAAGUAA